CUCCGAGCCAGGGGGAAAACUUCCGUAUCUCCAGCUGGGGACGUGCGAUGGCCGCUCCGGCAGCCGUGGACCAAGACCCCGCCGCUCCCGCGGUGUCGAUCCGGCCUUCCCGAGCCGAGGACUGCGCGGAAAUCAUGCGCAUGAUCCGGGAACUUGCGGAGUUUGAGAAAAUGCCUGAUCAGGUAGCAAACAGCAACCAAGGGCUUUAUGAGGACGGCUUCUGCCAGGACCCCUUCUAUAAGUGUGUGGUGGCCGAGGUCCCCUCCGAGCAUCAGAGCAAAGACGGCCACACCGUCGUGGGCUUCGGCCUGUAUUUUUUCACUUACAGCACCUGGAAAGGCCGAAACAUCUACAUGGAAGACCUCUACGUCAUGCCAGAGUUUCGGGAACCCAGGAGUCCUGUCUUCCUUCUGAGUUUUUCUUCUUCCUUCCGCCGCAGGAAGAGGCAUUGGGAAGAAGCUCAUGAGUGCCAUUGCCCAGAUCGGCUUGGAGAAAGGAUGUACCCAGAUGAAGUUAUCCGCUCUGGACUGGAACCAAAAGGCCAUCGAUUUAUACCUUGGCAACGGAGCCGUGGACCUGACUGCCGCGGAGGGCUGGCAUGUCUUCCGCUUUGAAGAAGAUGCCAUGCGGCAGCUGGUGGCGGGGGGAGCCAGCAAAUGAGCUGCGGGGAGAGAUUUCGGAGAGCUCAACCCCCCCUGCAAUGCAGGAAUCGCAAGAAUCCCUGACAAAGGGCUAUCCAGCCUCUGCUUCAACUGUUGAAUGACUCUCACCAUCAGAAUCUGAAUAAAAAAAAUUCUUCAGUAGCACCUUAAAGACCAACUAAGUUUUUAUUUUGGUAUGAGCUUUCGUGUGCAUGCA